AUCUUCCACGCUCGCGCCCCCCUACUUGUGUCCUGAAGCGAGACUCCAGCCGGAAAGCGGAAAAGGAAGAUUACCCAGAAGCCAAGGUGGGGUAGCCGGGCUUUCAUGCCGCGAAAUGAUUCGACGGUGGCGAGGAGAAAUAAAAUGUCCCCAGAAUUUCAUGCAAUCUCUCUCCAUCAUCGACAAACGGUCGAUUCGGGAUGUUUUUUUCCGUUGUUAGGGCUUUUGAUUGAUUGAUCGUUUCAUUUCGUCAUGUGUUAGGUCGUUAACAAAACAGGAAAAAGGUGAUUCCACUCUUCCAAAUUAACCCCAAGAAACGUGCCCGCAAUGAGGACGGCUGCUUUAAAGGGAGGAAGAGGCACGGUGGGUGGUUUCUGGGGAUGCUCGAGGUUCGCCCGAGCAUGGAGUUCGUGGGCAAGGCCGUGAGGAAGAAGUUCAGGGGCUUCGGCGUGUUCGCUGGAGUAAUUGAGUCGUACGAUCCAUCGACGGGCUUCUUCAGGGUCGUUUACGAGGAUGGCGACUCGGAGGAGCUGGAGCUGAGCGAGAUCGCGUCCGUUCUGCAGGAGGAGGGGCGUUCCAGGGGUAGGCCGCCCAAGAAACGGCGUCGGGUGGCCGGAAAAGCUGCGAGCUGGGCCGUCGACGGGAAGCAGUUGGAGGAAGUUGGCUCUUGUGAAGAUUCAGCGGGCACCCACAUGGCGGAAAACGGCCUGCAGACAGGCAGGAGCCCGGAAAUGGGAUGUUCGGGGGUUUUAGAGGUGGAGGAAGUGAAGGAGGUCGGUUUUGUAGAGGGUUUCGGAAGCACCCCAUUGACGCAGGGCACGUUGGGGGAAAGUGAUGGAAUCAAUGGGGAUUCAAAGGCGGAUCAUUCUUUUAGGGUUUCGGAAUUGGCAGGGCACGAAACUGCAGUAGUUGCUUCUUCCAUCGAAAUUAGGACAGCAGAUAGUGUUUUCUUUUGUGAUGCAAAUGAAGUCGGUCAAUCUAGGGGUUUGGAAGAUAAUGGGAUAAAGGGUCUGCCGGAUUUGAACGGAAAUGGGACUUUUGGGGCAUCGGAAGAAACCUCAGGUGUCAAUUGUGAUCAUGCAUUUGAUGCCGAGCAAAAGGGGGUUUCUGGCUGUGUCGAAGAGAAUCAGGUGGACGCAAGGGAUCCACUUGAUGGGGAUGCCAGAAAAGAAAGCUGUUCGUUUAUUUGCAGAGAAGUGCGAAAGAAAGUUGAAGAUUGUGCAUUAGAUUCGAAGGAAAUUGUCUGCCCUACGGUUGUGGCUGAGAAUGGUUUUAUUGGUGCCUUUGAAGGAACCCAAAAUGGUGAUGGUGGUGUGUCCUUGAGUGUGCAUGGAGCUGCUUCCUCUACGGCUUUGGAAGAAAUGCAAAUCAAAGAAGAAGAUCACCAGGUUUGUGAAAAUGGGAAUGGUGAUAGUGGUAUUGCUUUGGGUCUUGGUAGAGCCGCUUCCUCUAGGGCUUUGGAAGAACUACAAAUGAAAAAGGAGGAUCACCAGGUUCGUGAGAAUGGUGGCCUUACGAAUUCAGAGAGCGACCCUCUUAUUGCAUCAGAAUUGGUCCAAAACGGGGAAAAUGUAGCUGCAGACCUGGGAGAAAGGAACGGCAGCCUGCCUGUGGAAAGCGUGGAGGCUCAGUUUCAGACGCCACCUCGUCGGAGGUCUUCAAAGCGCAAGCUUUCGGAGAACGGAACGUCUUUCCCUCCUGUCACUUUGAGAAGAAGCGCUAGAAGGGCAGCGAUAAUUCUGGACUCCUCAAGUGCUUUCCCCAGCGACCCAGAGUCAAUUGUGGCGAGUUCUGCAAGUGCGGUUAUGAAUAAUGAUCAUGUCAAUUUGGUUGAUAAGGAUCCUCCGCAGGAUCACGGUUGCAUCCAACCAACUCUAUCACUACCGCUUUCUUCCAAAGACCUGGGCAUAGAUGAGCUUCCUGCCCUCGAUAUAUUCUCCGUCUACAGCUGUCUAAGAUCGUUUAGUACUUUCUUGUUUUUAAGCCCUUUCACCAUCGAAGCCUUUGUUGCAGCACUGAAAUCCACUUUUGUUAAUCCUCUUAUAGAUUGCAUUCAUUUUUCUCUCUUAUAUGCACUCAAACGCCACUUGAAGUCUCUUUCUGGUGAUGAUUCCAAAAUUGCAUCUGCUUGCCUUAGGAGUCUCGACUGGGAGCUUUUAGAUUUGCUCACAUGGCCUGUAUACCUUGUCGAAUAUCUUUUGAUUUCUGGAUCUGCUGUUAGUUCUGGUUUGCAACUUGCUCAACUGAAUCUCUUGAAUGGUGAGUACUACAGACAGCCGGCAGCUGUAAAACUUGAGGUUCUCAGAUGUCUCUGUGAUGAUUUCAUGGAGACUGAGGAAAUAAGAGGUGAAAUUGAUAGAAGGGCAUUGGUCUCUGCGUUAUAUGGAGAAACUGAUAGAACCGUGAAUUUCUUUGGUUCCACGAGUUCAACACUGACGAAUGACAGGAGUUACAAGAAAAGGAAAGUAAAUGCGGACUUAACAAAGCAUGGCAUUUCCUUGGAGAAGGAUGGAUUAGAGGGUUCUCCUUUGUGCCAAGAUCCUUUUGAAGCUUCAAUUGAAGAUAUUAAAAAUGAUGAUUGGAAUAGUGAUGACUGCUGUUUAUGUAAAAUGGAUGGAAACUUGAUUUGCUGUGACGGAUGUCCUGCUGCAUACCAUUCAAGGUGUGUGGGAGUCUCUAGGGAUCUUCUGCCUGAGGGUGAUUGGUAUUGUCCAGAAUGUGUAAUGGAUAAAACUGUUGGGAGGUUUAAGUCAUGUAGUCCAUUACAAGGAGGAGAACUUUUGGGUAUCGAUCCACUUGGACGUAUUUAUUUUGCUACUUAUGGAUAUCUCUUGGUGUUGACUUCAGAUGAGGGUGGUAGUUGCUGCUAUUACAGCAAGAAGGACUUGAACUUAGUUAUUGAAAUGCUAAAGUCAUCUAGCUUUGUGUGUGAUGAAAUAGUAAAUGCUAUAUUGUCACACUGUGAAGUGCCGGUUGACUCUGACAGUGCAAAAAAUGUUAGUCUUCAGUAUGUUAAAUCUGUUGGUGGAAUUAAUGCAUGCUAUCCAAACAAUUCCACCCAUUUGGUUUUGGUGCCUUCAUCAAGUUAUACACAGGAGGUGCCCAAAAAUGGUGACGGUAUUGUUAGAAAAGAUGAACAUGAAUCCUCUGCAUGUACCAUUGGUGGAUCCCAUACUUUAAAUGGUCUACAAUCAGAAAAUGUAGUAGGUUCAUUAGCUUUAAGUCAACAUACAGGAAGUCCUAUUGCAAACAUGGAUGCUUCAACUGCAGCAUUACAAGUAACAUCCAGUGCUCAAGACUCUCAGCAAGCCAUCCAGUGGGUUGAAGAUAGUCAAACUGUAGCUGGUUCAGUAAUCAAUAAGUCUGUUUGCAGUUCGUGUGAGCAUGAUAUGUCUAAUACCAUUAGUGUGAGGCUUGACAGCAUGCAGGUGGAGAAGCCUAUCCUUGAUUCAGUUCCUGAUAAACAAAUAAAUACAAUGAUAUCUAGCAGUAAAUUGGCAGAUAUAGGCAAGGAUGGGGCUUUGAAAUGUCCAUCUGAACCUAGCUUGUAUAUCAACAGCUAUAGCUUAGGACAAAUUGCUUCAUCAAUUGCUAAGGAAGUAAGCCAUGCAUUUCCCAGUGAGAUCCAAGAAAGCAUGAACAAAUCUACUUCAGACACAAUGCUACCACUACUUAAAGUCUUUUCCAGUGCCAGCAGGAUGUUCACUUGGCCUAAUGUUGAAAGAAAAGCUCUAGGGAUGGUGCAAGAAAAGUGUGGAUGGUGCUUUACAUGCAGAAAUCCUAGUGAUAAAGAUUGUUUGCUUAGAAUGACUGAUAAGAACUUUGAGGUGGUCUCCGAGAAGAAAACUGUUGGACUCCGAUCAAAAAAGAAUAGAAAAAGUCAUCUUACAUCCAUUGUGCUUUAUAUUCUUUCUAUUGAGGAACACCUAAAUGGUCUUCUGUCUGGUCCUUGGCAGAAUCCACAAUACAGGAAACAUUGGCGUAAAAACCUUCUGAAGGCAUCAACUAUAACUGCAGUAAAACGCCAGUUACUAAUUUUAGAGGCAAACGUCCGACCUGUUGCACUUGCAGUGGAUUGGCUAAAAUAUAUUGAUUCAUCUGCUUCAUUGGGGUCUGCCCUUUUUGUUUCAACCAAGUUAGAUAACAUACCCACUGUAAGUGGUGGUAGCAGAAAGCGGUCUAGGAAGAAAAAUUUAUACUCAGAAACCAUUUCAGGCCCAGACAUUGCAGCUAUAAGAUCUGGUGUCCAUUGGUGGCGCGGUGGAAGCAUUUCUCGCCAACUGUUCCGAUGGAAGAUGUUGCCUCGUGUAUUGACUUUGAGAAGUGGACGUCAAGCUGGAUGUAAAAGAAUACCCGGUAUUUUGUACCCUGAGGCUUCAGAUUUUGCCAAAAGACCCAAGAAUCUUGCUUGGAGAGCUUCUGUUGAGCUUUCACUAACCGCAACUGAUCUUGGACUCCAGGUCAGGGAUCUUGAUGCUCAUAUAAAGUGGAACAACAUUAUAGGUUCUGAAAUCUUCCUCCAUGAAUCUGCUAAAAGACUGAGGCCAUGGAAGAAGGUAACCAUUCGAAGGAAGUCCAUAGAGGGUGAAAAUGUAAAAUAUCUGGUGGAUUUUGGAAAACGUAAAGUUAUUCCUGAUAUUGUGACAAGAAACGGAAUAAAGCUGGAGGAUGCUUCUGGCGAAAAGGAGAAGUAUUGGCUGCAUGAGUCUUUUGUUCCCUUGAACUUGUUAAGAGUUUAUGAAGAAAAGAGAUUAGCCCGUGCAGAUAAGAAAAUGAACUUGGGACCUAUCACUAAGGAGGGGCGCAGAAGGUUUUCGCGAAGGGAUUGGCUUUCACAUCUGAUAUCAAAACGAGAGAGCUGUGGGAGGUGUAUUUGUGGACACUGUAAACAAGAUUUGGUUGUCAGGCAUGCUGUGAAGUGUGAAUCUUGUGAAGGUUUUUUCCACAAAAGGCAUGUUUUCAUUACUACAUCCACCAGAAAUAAGAGCUGUACAAUCACAUGCUACAACUGCCAGGACAAGAAAAGAAUGACAACCAGAGCAAGCAAAGCACAGAAAGCUAAGUCUCAAAAUGUUGAAAACACCAAAUGUCAAAGCUCAUCAAAAUCAAAUAAGAAAAGUAAAAAAAGGUCUGUACAGAAAAAGAAAGUUAAGAAGAAUGAGCACAAAAAAGCAUCCAAAAAUUCCAAAAAGGGUCAGGCCAAGAAGGUCCCACCUAAAGGCACUGCUCGUAGCUUUCAAAGACCAAGAACCAGAGUGCUUUACGUUUUCUGGCUGAAUGGCCUUCUUUGGACAAAGAAGCUGAAUGAUGACCGUGUGCAGAAAUUUAUUGAGACAAACGUCCUCCUACCCCAAGUUACAGAUAAUGCCUCUCGAGCUCCUGUUUGCUUCAUCUGCCACAGGAUCUAUGACUCUCGCCUACUAUAUGUGUCUUGUGAAAUUUGCAGAGAAUGGUUUCAUGGGGAUGCCUUGGGGGUUACAACAGAAAGUGUGAGUAACUUGCUUGGGUUCAAGUGUUACAAAUGCUGUAAGAGGAAUAGUCCCGAAUGUCCCUAUACCAAAGAGGCAACACAAGAAGAUACAUCUGUUCAGUCCACUAGCACCGAUGUCAAGGCUGGGGAGUUUUGCUCUGAUGAUGAUAUGCUGCUCGGUGCCUUCUCUAAGAAACCAAGGCUCCUUCCAACUGAAGAAAUUCAGGGUUUAUUUUGUGACAUGACUACUACACAUGAUCAAAUUCCGGAAGUUACUAAUGUAGGUCCCUCUGAUGCUCUUAGUCUUGAUGCGGGUGUUCAAGCAGAAGGAAGCAUGGCAUCAUUAGGAUAAAAAAGGGCAGUCUAGAAUACCAUUGUUGGCUGCUGACUGAGGGUUGUCUCUUUCUGAUGGAUUUGCUUCUCUGAACUGGCACUAUAUUGGUCAUAAUGCCAAUUAUGGGCAUAGGUAUACAUUUUUUAGUCGCUUUGCUAUUUUUACUGGAAGGAGCAGCUCCUAAAGGCGCCACACAAGGUUUCUGUGCUGUUUUGGCAGUUGAAACUUGAAAAAGGUUCAUAGCAUAAUAGUGGAUUAUUUCUUCUCAAGGAAAUUUUAGUGCUAAAGGAAUAUCUCCUAUAGCUCAAGUGUGACUCUUGCUAUGAAGGUGUACUGAUUGGUAUAUGGUGUAAUCAGCCCAUUGAUCCUGACUAACACGUCACUUCAAUCUACAUGAUUAUGGUACUCCGCAUUCUUGGUUUCUUUUCUCCCAGUUGAAUGCUGCCACUGGGCAACUUCUGCUUGUGUGUGUUCAUGUUGCCUGCUCCAUCCCCAGAUCCUGUUUUCAUCAUGUUAGCGUUCCAUUUAUUCUUUGGCCAUAUCAUAAUCUUUAUACAUAGUGAUCAUCUGGCAGUGAAGAGCUUGAUAUGGCUCAUCAAAGUUUUUUCUUGAUUGGGCAUCAGAACCAUUGUGCAAUGGUGAUUACUUGGAUGGAAAUUCAUACUUUACAUACAUAAAAGAGCUUAGCCAAGCUUGUCAUGUAUGACCCUUUCUCUCUCUCUCUCUCUCUCUCUCUCUCUCUAUGUGUGGCAAAUUCAUAACGUCUAUCAUCUUGAGCAAGUUCAACAAAUAUGAAAAUUAUUUGCUCACAUUAAUUCCCCUAUAAUUGAUGAAUCAUAUGGUGGAUUUAUGAAGGCUAAAGGUUCCCAUGUUAAAGCAUAUGCAAGGUACUUUCGUAUGUUGGAGAAAAUUGAAAUAUCAUACUUCGUGCAGCUUACUGGGAUUUGCCGAAGACCUCUGGCAGAUUUGGUUUAAAAAGUACUGGUGCUCUUCUUAUGUUGAGACUCCAACAAGGUCUGAAAUUGGUCUCCCUCUCUCUCUCUCUAUCUCUGCUUCUGCCAGAUUAUGCUUCCAAAUUUUUUGUAGAAUUGCGGCAAAUAUUCUGCAAAGCAUGCUGCUGCUAUUGGCACUUGGAGGUCCAGCAGGUUCUGAAGUUACUCUCCCCAUUAGAUCAUUUAAUGGGAGCUGAGAAAUAUAGAGUUUGAUUCCAGUCACCCUUUCAGAAGAACCAGAUGACGGUGUACUGUAACCAGAAGAAGAGACCUGGUGGCAGGCAGGCCAUGGGAAGGAUACUUGUGCAAUUGGGCGAUGCUGAGAUACCAUGGAUCUAAUUUGUCUUGUCAAACCUGUCUUUUACCCGAGAGAAUGUAAAGUUCGCGAAGGCGGCUUCCAAUUCAUGUGGGUAUUCAUUUACAAUUCAUAUCCCCACAUAUUGUUUCUUUAUUAUUGUAAUGUUCCAUUUUCAUUGAAUAAAAAGUUCUUCUGCUGA